AUGAUAAACACAAAAAUGAAUUUUGUUUAGUAAUAAAUAAUAUCAAGUAAGCUUUCUCUAAUUAUAAAAUAUUUAGAUUAAGUGCAAAAGCAUUAUAGUUUUGCUGACCUAAUAACUAAUAAAGUUAAAUAAAAUAAAUAAUUGUCUAUUUGUUUGUUUUUUUUAGUAACACGCAUAUUAGAAAAUUUUAUGUAUCUUUUUCUUAGUUAUGCGAAGCAAAUCAAGAAAUUAAUUGGUUUUUUAGUUUACAUUUAAAUCAAUCUAUGUAAAAUUAAAUUAUGGAUUUCGUUAUCAAUAAUUGAGCUUUACUUUAUGAAUUUGUUUUAAUUAAUUUACGUUUAAUGUUCUUUUCAAAUUUCGUUUGUGUAAAUUUUGUGGUAAAUUAUUGAUUUCUAAAUUAAUCUAAUUAUUUCAAGCUUUCAUCUCUAUCUUUAUUUUUAUUUCUAAAAUAAACUAGAAAAAACCAAAGUUGAUUGA